AUGGCGGAGAACGAGUUCUUGGGUUUCGACGAGACGACUGAGGGAACGUCCGGAGGAAACAGGGUGGUUGGCACCAAGCAAAAGGUUGCCAAUCUGACAUCCGCCAUAUCUGACCCGAAAACUGCAGCGCAACUGAAAUCGUUCGUACGCCAAAGAGAUCAGGUGAUGAACAAGGUGCUUCGAAUCUACGAGGACGUGAACGUUCAGGCUCCGAUCGAUCCGUCACACUUGAAAGUGUACGCAGCGAAGCUACACUCAGCGUACGACGAGUAUUCGAAGUACCACAGCGAAAUUAUAGCGAUAAUCCCGGACGACGAGGUGAAUGCACAGGAGAAUGAGUGCAUCCGCUUCGAAAACUACUUUCAACACACAUCCGCCGCAGUCGAAGCUCGUAUCUUGCGGACACCCGUCAUCCAGGUGGCCCCACCUGCGCAAGUUGUCGUCCACCAGCAGCCAUUAAAAGCACCGAUCCCGACUUUCGACGGUGAGUACACCAAGUGGCCGAAGUUCAAGGCGAUGUUUCAGGACGUCAUGGCCCAGUCCCGCGACUCGGAUGCGAUUAAGCUCUACCACCUUGAUAAGGCAUUGGUAGGAGCAGCCGCAGGAGUACUGGAUGCCAAGACGAUAAACGACGGCAACUACGCCCAAGCCUGGACCCUGCUAGCCGAACGCUACGAAAACAAACGAGUGAUCGUGGAAACGCAUAUCCGCGUUCUGCUGUCGCUAAAGAGAAUGACGUCCGAAUCCCACAGAGAACUACGAUCCCUCCUCGAUGAGUGCAUCAACCACGUCGAAAGUCUAGCGUACUUAAAGCAGCAAGUAUCCGGAGUGUCCGAACUGAUGGUCGUCUACCUGCUGACUGCAGCGCUGGACAAAUCGACACGCAAGCAAUGGGAACAAAGCCUGCAGCCAGGUGAGUUACCACAAUACAAGUCCACGAUAGCCUUCCUGAAGGCACAGUGCCAAGUGCUGGAGAGAUGCGAAGCUGCGUAUUCUCAGACAGAAACGAAGCCAAUUCCGAAGCAGCAGAGUUCGGCGUCGAAGGUUACCAGCCAACGAUCACAUCCGGCGACGACGAGCUCCGAAGUGUCCAACGAGAAAUGCGAUUUCUGUGAUGCUCCACACCGAAACUAUCAAUGCAACAAACUCAGCACGCUAACCAGCACUGAAAAGUUCGAGAAGGUUCGUUCGGCGGGCAUCUGUUUCAACUGCUUCCGAAAGGGACACCGUUCCAACGCCUGCCCUUCACCGAAGACCUGCCAAAAGUGUCACAAGCGACACCACACACAACUGCACGACGACGAAUCGAACCCGAAGCAAGAAUCCAAGACCGCCACCGUAGCAACUGAACCGAAACACGACGAGCCUGGCCAGGGACAAUCGUCUCAAGCGCCAGCCCCCCAGGCAGUCCCACCUCCAGAAACCGUUACGACCGCCUGCCAUCUGGACAACGCCCAUGCUCCGAAAACAGUGCUACUGCUGACAGCGGUGGUCCUGGUCACCGAUCGAAACAACCAAACCCAGCAGUGUCGAGUCCUUCUCGAUAGUGGGUCAGAAGCGAAUUUCAUCACCGAGAAUAUGGCGAACACUCUCGGCAUGGAGAAGAAGCGUGCUAAUGUUCCGAUUUCUGGCAUCAACAAUGUCCGAAGUCUAGCACGAGACAAGGUUGAAGUGCACUUCCAAUCCCGAUGCAGCGAUUUCCAUGCCACACUGGAAUGCCUGGUGACCCCCAAAGUCACUGGAGCGAUCCCGACGACCGACAUCGAUGUUACAAGUUGGCUGCUCCCAGACGGCAUUCAGCUGGCCGACCCGUCGUUCUUCCGAACCGACAAAGUUGACAUGCUGAUUGGCGCGGAGUUGUUCUUCGCGCUAAUGAAGCCAGGACACAUCACACUCGACGACGGUUUGCCCGAACUACGUAACUCGCACUUGGGAUGGUUGGUUACCGGCGCGUACCAGCCAACAAGAAACGAUGGAGCGGUGCAGUACUCCCAUGUUGCAUCUCUCGAUUCCGUUGAAGGGAUGAUCCGACGGUUCUGGGAAGUCGAAGAGGUUCCCAAUGCAGCCACCCUUUCGCCCGAGGAGCAGCAAUGCGAAGAUCAUUUUUCGUCCACCUACUCGAGAGACGAAACCGGACGAUUCGUCGUCCGAUUGCCGUUUAAAGCAAAUGCCGACCAGAUGGACAGCUGUCGAAACCUGGCAUUGAAACGCUUUUUCAUGCUAGAGAAUCGGCUGCAGCGCAAUCCCGAAUUGAAAGCGCAAUAUCUGGACUUCAUGCGAGAGUACCAGCAGCUCGGCCAUUGCCGAGAAGUGGAUGUGGCCAACGACAACCCGAAUCUGAAGCCAUACUAUUUGCCGCAUCACGCGGUACUACGCCCAGGCAGCUCGUCAACGAAGUGUCGCGUCGUCUUCGACGCUAGCGCUAAAUCCGCUCCGACGAACCCGUCCCUCAACGAAGCGCUACUGGUGGGUCCAGUAGUUCAAAGCGACAUCCUUUCGAUCAUGAUUCGAUUCCGUCAACAUCGAUACGUUUUCACGGCGGACAUAAAGAAAAUGUACCGUCAGAUAGUUGUCCAUCCCGAGGACACACACAAGCAGCGCAUCUUUUGGAGGGAGCAUCCGACCGAACCGCUGAAGAUCCUGGAGUUGCUAACCGUUACGUACGGUACGGCUUCAGCACCCUUCCAAGCAACCCGAAGCCUAAAGCAACUUGCCAACGACGAAGCUGAAGAAUUCCCUGUAGCAGCGCAAAUAAUCAAAUUCGACUGUUACGUUGACAACGUGCUCUCAGGGACUGCUACAAUCGACGAAGCCAUCGAAGCGCAGCGCCAGCUGAAGGAGAUGCUGGCCCGUGGUGGGUUUCCAAUUCACAAAUGGUGCUUCAACUCACCUCAGCUCCUGGAACUCAUCCCAGACGACGAACGAGAAUCGCUGAAACCGCUUGCAGAUCGCCAUGUCAACGAAGUGAUCAAAGUUCUCGGCCUGCUGUGGGAGCCGGCCACCGAUGAGCUUUUGAUUGCUGAGUGCUCCAAACCGACAGCAGAACAAGCCCAACAACCCGCUACAAAGAGGAUCAUCUAUUCGGAGGUAGCCAAACACUUCGACCCAUUAGGACUGUUUGCCCCAUCCAUUCUGCUGGCAAAGCUACUGGUGCAACGCUUGUGGCAAUGCAAACUGGAUUGGGACGAACCUGUGAUUGAACGAACCCAAAUGGAAUGGAACGAACUCAGUGAUGCGCUACCAAACCUGCUGCAAAUCAAAAUCCCCCGCCAAGUCACGUUCCAUGGUGCAGUCUACUACGAGCUACAUGGAUUCGCAGAUGCAUCCAAUGUGGCGUAUGGAGCGUGUGUGUACAUCCAAAGCAGACUGGAAGAUGGAACCAUCAAGUCACGGUUGCUGAUAAGCAAGACCAAAGUGGCUCCGCUUCAGCCACUCACGAUUCCGCGCAAGGAAUUGUGCGCCGCACUCUUGCUCGUCCGGCUGGUGUGCAAGGUACUACCAGCCCUCACCAUUCCGAUCCGACACGUAGUGUUGUACUCCGACAGCGAAAUCGUUCUCUCGUGGCUGAAGAAGCACCCAUACCAGCUACAAACAUUCGUCUGCAACCGCAUCAACGAGAUCCAAACCCACUCGGAGGGGUACACAUGGAAAUACGUUCGCUCUCACCACAACCCGGCAGACAUCGUAUCUCGUGGGCUUAUGCCAUGCGAGUUAACCAUCAGUGAACUGUUUUGGACUGGUGGCGAGUAUAUCAACUCACCGGUCGCCGGUCCCGAUGUGCCGAAAGUGGUUUCCGACGACGAUCUACCGGAAUUGAAGGUCAACGUAGCAGCUAUGCCGGCGCUCAUUGAAGAGCCGCUGGAAAUCUUCAAGACCUACAGUUCUUUCCGUCGCCUUCAACGAAUAAUCGCAUGGGUAUUGCGGUUCUGGAACAACAUCCGAACUCCGAAAGCUGAUCGCAUCAUCAAUCGACAUCUUUCCGUGGUAGAACUUCGACGUUCGACGAUCGUCCUUGUAAAAGUGAUUCAGCACGUCGAACUUGGAGACGAGAUCCAGCGAGUAAAAACCAAGACGCCUUGCAAACGAAUUGGGAAUCUCAACCCGAUUCUCACCGACGAUGGCGUGCUAAGGGUCGGGGGUCGACUCAAGCACUCCAAACUGCCCAACGAAUCGAAGCACCAAUUGAUCCUGCCGAACGCGAGCCCGGUGACACUUUGCUUGAUCCGGGAAAUGCACCAAGAGCUUCUUCACGUUGGACCUGCUGGACUACUCUCUGCAAUCAGACGACGUUUCUGGUUGCUACGCGCCCGCUCUACAAUACGACAGGUAACUCGAUCGUGCGUGAAAUGCUUUCGCGCAAAUCCAACCGACAUCACGCAACUCAUGGGAGAUCUGCCAAGACAACGUGUUACACCGUCCCCCGCCUUUAGCAUCACUGGUGUGGACUAUGCUGGUCCGAUUCUGGUGAAGCAGGGGACCCACAGAGCCAAGGUCAUCAAAGCGUACAUAGCGGUUUUCGUGUGCAUGGCCACGAAAGCCAUACAUUUGGAAUUAGUGUCCGACCUGACGUCCGACGCUUUUCUUGCGGCACUCCAACGUUUCGUGAGCCGUAGGGGAAUAGUGUCGAAGAUGCACUCUGACAAUGCGACGAACUUUCACGGCACCAACAACGAGCUCCACAAGCUGUACGAGAUGUUUCGCAACCAACCAGACGUCGACAAGAUCCUGCAGUACUGCCACGCAAAGGAAAUUGAGUGGCACUUCAUUCCGCCAGAUUCGCCCGAGUUCGGCGGCCUAUGGGAGGCUGCUGUGAAGUGCACCAAGACCCAUCUGAAACGAGUGGACCUCAACGUUGGCCGGCUAAGUCGCUGGCAGCAUCUUCAACUGCUGCGUGAGCAGUUUUGGAGAGCCUGGUCCCGCGAUUAUCUUAGCAGUCUGCAACCCAGGAAGAAGAACUGGAACACUUCUACCAACGUUCGACCAGGAAUGAUCGUCUUGAUUAAGGACAAGAACCGCCCUCCGUUGCAGUGGAAGUUGGGCCACAUCACCUCUGUCCAUCCUGGCCACGACGACCUGGUCCGGGUAGUGGACGUUUUUAGCGAAGGCAAAACUUUUACACGGCCCAUCACGAAGUUGUCAAUUUUGCCAAUCGAGGAUAAUCAACGCCAACCUGAUCCGGACAAGAAUGUUGAACCGGGACGCUUCAACCCGGGGGAUGAUGUUCCUUACGGAAAGCGCCCAAUGUAG